CAAGGAAGCGCUCAGCUUGGUCGCCGCUUAGAACGUGUUUGUCACAACAAUCAGAGUCAAAAUGACGUUUGUUCAGAGUAUUACUAAAGAGGCUCUGGUGGGAUCUAUUACACUGGGGGUUGUUUUUGUCACCGGUUAUGUCUUAGGGAAAAGGAAAUCUUACAGAAUGAUCUCCAAAAGUCAUUGCGGGGGAAAAGAUGACCCUUUGAUGCAGUACGUCCUCAGUCACUCCUUGAGGGAGCAUCCGGUCCUGAAGAAACUCAGACUGAGGACAAUGGAAGACUCCAUGAACGUCAUGAUGGUCGCCUGUGAGCAGUCCCAGUUCAUGGCUAAUCUGGCAAAACUAAUACAAGCCAAGAAAGCAUUAGAAAUUGGAGUAUACACAGGUUACAACACACUGAGCAUGGCGCUGGCUUUGCCAGACGAUGGAGUUUUGGUGGCAUGCGAUAUCAGUGAAGAAUACACCAGUAUUGGAAAACCCUUCUGGAAAGAGGCUGGGGUUGAGAACAAAAUUGAUCUACGCUUACAGCCAGCAUUGAAAACACUAGAUGACCUCCUUGCUGAUGACCAGGCAGGGACAUAUGACUUUGCCUUCAUCGAUGCAGAUAAAGUUAACUAUGAAGGCUACUAUGAAAAGUCACUGCAGUUGUUAAGGAAAGGAGGCAUCAUUGGGAUUGACAAUGUUCUGUGGGGUGGAAAGGUUCUCAGUCCGACCCCUGAUGACGAGGACACAGUGGCCAUCGACAAACUGAACAAGAAGUUGGUCGGCGAUAAACGCAUCCUACUCAGCAUGCUCACAGUUGGAGAUGGGCUCACAAUUGCUGUGAAAUUAUAGUUAAGUGGAUGAAUUAUGCGUGUGGUCAUAGCUGACAUACAUAGGUGUUGUAUGUGAACAUGCUACUGGAAGUUUAUGUGGCCUGACAACACUGAAUUUCUAAGUCAUUUUUUAAGUCAGUUUUUACAGUGUGUUAAUAAAACAAUAAAAACAGA